UGGUCCCAUGUUUACUCCUCACUGGAUCAGAAUUCAGUUCUCUUUUAAGAGAUGUAUAAAUUUUCCAUUAUACCUGACUAAGCUGUAGUGGGAAAUUUGUACAAACUUCUCAGCUUAACUGUUGGCCCAGAACAUGUGUUAAGUAUGGUUUAACAAAAUUGGAAAGUACAGAAUAUAAUAAAAAAUAGAGUUUGACUUAAGGUAUCUCCUUCUGCUUCCAACUUCAUGUAAAGAAUAACGUUGAAAUAAUGUUACUAGCAAAUUUUCUCCCUAUAAAAUGCCCAUUUCUACCUCUUGGGUGUUCCAGAAGUUUAGGGAUAUUGUCUCCAUGUGGUUGUUUUAAUUGAGAGAAACAUCAUAUUAAUUCCUGUAGACCACUGCGACAGGCUUUUUUGUUGUUUAAUGUGUUAGUGGUAUAAACAUAUUUUUCAAAGUUUGAUUAAAGCUUUCCAUCACAUUUACAGCAAUCUUAUAGUUUCAUUGUAACAUUCAGCAGUCUCCGAUAUGUCCAUUUCAUCUGUUUUAUUUUUGCCUUAUGUCUUCUGUUGGCAGUGUUUUAUAACAUUAUUAUAUGAGAAAUGCUUCUGCCUUUUUCAGCUAAUGACUGAUUGAACUUUGCAUUGUUAAUUGUUGCUAAGAAAUAUUAGGAAAACUCUUGGGUAUUUUUUCUCCAUGUAUGGACUUACACAGAAUUUGAGAAUCUGUAAGUUGCACCUUUUAAUUUCUCUUUUUUAUAACCACUAGGCAUAUCUUUCAGAAGAUAACCAUAUUGUAAUAUGACGAAACUUGUGUUUACUGCUGUUACAGAACAGAAAAAACGUCAGCAUAUGUGAGCAAUAAAGCAGAAAUACAAGUUUGUUACUGACAGAAUAUGUGCUGCUAAAAUGUGUAUAUAGAUGCUGUCAUUUCAAUUUUCAGAAGAAAAUGCUGACUAUUUAACUGCAGAAGAACAAGGCUUUGUCUUCCUGUAAUUCUGAAGUGAAAGUUGUCAUCAACAAGAAAACACAAACUUAAAUCGUCCCAGAAGGACAAGGUCCGCCAGUUUAUGGCAUUUACCCAGGCUGGUGAAAGGACUGCUAUAUACUGCUUAACACAGAAUGAAUGGAAACUAGAAGUGGCAACAGACAACUACUUCCAGAAUCCAGACUUGUACUACAAAGAAUCCAUGAAAAACUCAGUAGACAAGAAGAAAUUAGAACAAUUAUAUAAUCGAUAUAAAGACCCACAAGAUGAAAAUAAAAUUGGCAUUGAUGGGAUUCAGCAGUUCUGUGAUGAUUUAAGCCUGGACCCAGCCAGUAUCAGUGUUCUGGUUGUGGCAUGGAAAUUCAGGGCAGCCACACAGUGUGAAUUCAGUAAAAAGGAAUUUAUUGAUGGCAUGACAGAGUUGGGGUGUGACACCACAGAAAAGCUAAAAGCUCUUUUGCCAAGGCUGGAACAAGAGCUAAAGGAUCCAGGAAAGUUCAAAGAUUUUUAUCAGUUUACUUUUAACUUUGCUAAAAAUCCUGGACAAAAAGGUCUAGAUCUCGAAAUGGCAAUUGCGUACUGGAAUUUAGUCUUGUCAGGAAGGUUUAAAUUUCUAGAUCUUUGGAAUAAAUUUUUGUUGGAACAUCAUAAAAGAUCAAUUCCAAAAGAUACUUGGAAUCUUUUGUUAGAUUUUGGAAAUAUGAUUGCAGAUGAUAUGUCCAACUAUGAUGAAGAAGGAGCAUGGCCUGUUCUAAUAGAUGAUUUUGUGGAAUAUGCACGACCAGUAGUCACAGGAGGAAAACAUAAAACUUCCUAACCCCAGAUUUGUUGAUCUGGACUAAGUGAACUGCAGUGGGUAAUGAAGAUUUGUUAGCUGAUAACUGCACGUUGGUGCUGGUUUCAGUGGUCAUGAUGACAUUCUGCAGACAAAACUGCAAUUCCUCCUUCCUGCCUAAGGAAAAUGAUGGUGGAUGUGUCGACACUUCAAGAACAAACUCAGAAGAUCCAAGCUGUUUGUAGGCUAUUGGCUUCAGUUAUUGUACUGGUUGUAUCAUAUAGGAUGUAGAUUUUGCAUGAUUUUAUACUUUGGAGAAGUUUAACUAGAGGCCAUUUUAUUGAAGUUUUGACAGCACAGCAUGCCAUUCAGUUCAUAAUCCAAAGUGAACACCAGCAGUUACAUAAAUAAAAAUGUAUUAUAUUGUACUUAUAUUAAAAGCAGUAUUUGUGGUAUAUAAAUUAAAUCCAUAAAUAAAACUUAUGCAGUAUGUUGUAUUUUUAUAAAAGUUAGUUCUGUGGAUCUGUCUUAAUACAGAAUUGUAAAAAAAACCCCAACCAAAUGAACGUAUGCUUUUUUUGUUUUUAACUUAUUGCCAAAAUGUUAAAUUUGUAUUUUCACAUCCUAGAUGUAUACAGUGAUUACAUCCAGCCUUUUGCUCUCUCCCAGUGAAUUUGACUUCCUCAUUUUUCUUCUUGAAGUGCUUGGACAUGUAAUAAUAGCAUUGCUGAGGACAGGCUGCUGCUCUAUGCUGUGUUACAACUCCAGCUUUUUUUAGUAACCAUUUUAAAGCAGACAUUAAACAACCAAAGAUGCUUUUAUAAUUCAUGUUUAGUUAUGAUAAUUCAGUUAGUCUCUAAUUAUCUGUUUUAUUUAUUUUUAAUAGUGAACUGGUGGAAUAUGUAUUUUAUUUGUAGCUUGAAACAUAUCAUAAAUUCUAGCUAAAUGCAACAUAGUUGUAAAUUCAUUUCCUGGCACUUCUCAGAGAAAAUAGAUGUGAGUAAGCCCAAAGACUUAACUACUUGACUUCCAUGGUGGAGAAAUAGUUAGACAGAUAAGGAGACUUUAAAUUAAUGAUUACAAGUGUUCAUGCCUAUGAAUGUGUUGUGCAUUCAAUUAUAUUUAAGGGGAUUAAAAAGCAAAUGAAUGCAGUUUGUGAUCUCAAGGCUGGUGAAAUUGGACUACUUUUCACCAAAUCUGAAUUUGUUCCAUCACUUGUUUCUCCCCUUUUGCCAGCCACUGAUUAUGAAGUGCACAGUGGUGUCAGUCUUCUGUUUCUCAUCAGUGUCUUCUGAUGUCUGAGCACAAAAAGGUUUUACCAGAAACUAUUCAGCGUGUCUUCACACAGGGCUCUUGCAAAUGCUACCUCAUCAAAAUGAGUUUGUCAACUGUACAAGUCUGUUAAAAUGAAGAGUUGCUAGAGAGUAUGUACAGUUAUGAUCAAUAUAUUUUCUGUAUUUAAGGCUGAAUAGAUGCAAGAAUUUUGGAGAAAAUAGUGCAUUAAGUUGUAUAAAUUAUAUCUGUUUGGAUCGUUGAAGUGUUGCAUGACAGCAGACUCUUUUCUUUUAUAGUUACCAGGGUAUAAAAGCUUACAAUAUUCUCUUAAACUCUAAUAUUUAGAGUUUCAUACAAGCAUUAUGUCAACACAAUGUGCAAGGACAAGUGUAUAUUCUGUGUACAGAGACUGCCUUUGUUCUUCCACUUGCUACAAUUUCAGUUGUGCAUGGCAUUUAAAAAGCAAGAUGAGGGAAAAUUGGAACAAAUUAGUGAUUUUUCUCUUAGUAGGAGCCUAGUAAGCAAGUUACAAAUGCCCUGUGAGUGAUUUGCUAUGAAUAUUUGUCUUUUUGUGAAUGUCAGCCUGGCCAAACAGCCACCAGGUGUCAGCGUCUGAGCCCGCUGCUGCCUGAAGCUCCUGUGCAGAGUUACCCACUGAGGCUCUGCCAAAUUGCUGCUUUAUGACUGCAUCCUUUUCGAAGGGCAUUUGUGUAAAUCCAAGUAUUCUACAGAAGUCAGCAGAGAGCUAGAAGCAGUUAUACUCUUUUUACUGCUUUUGAUUUAUCUAUGCCUCCUCUCCAAAAGAAGCCAUUUCUAUAUCUGUCCCACAGGCUUUGCAGAAUGCGUAACAUCGUACAGCAUCAGGUGCAUUUACCUAGCCAGAAGCAAUGGAAUGCUUGUUACUCACACAACUGCCAUUUAAAAUACAUAGAUAAAAUAUGACAGACCAGAAGUAGCUUAAUCUGUUCGUAUGUGAUGUAAAUGAAGUUUCAUAGCACUAGAGCUUGUCAAACAUUUGCUCAUGAUGAGAGCUCCAUCAAAUCAUUCUGAUGAACCUUCUACCUUUUAGAAUAAAUAGAGCAUAAAAAAUGCAUGUGGGUUGAGGGUUUUUUUCUUGUUAAUCAGAGCAAGAAGGAAGGGAUGCUUAGCCCAGGAUUCAGUGUGUGUGUGCGUGUAUAUAUAUACACCCACACACUUAGUCUUAAAUCUCAUUCCUGGGGGAAUCCUUCAUGGGUGACAGUGGAACACUGGGCAAAAUACUCCAGAGAUAGUAGUUGAUCCUUGUGAGCCAGGCUUUGAGGCUUGCUAUGCUUUUUCUUUUCUUCUUCCUGGUCCUUUACCCAUUUUAAACCACAUGUGAUUUUUACAUUCCUGUAUGAAGUAACACCUUCACACUUGAACAGUCAUAAAAAAUGCAAAUAAACUGCUUUCACCUUACAAGUUUCUUACAUAUUUUAAUCAUUUGCUGUUGUCCGCAGUUUCACUUUACAGGGUACUCUGACUUCCAUUUUAAGUAAGCUGAUACAGUGGUAACACCUAGGCUGCUCCAUUUAUAAUCCUAAAUGGUACAGAUGUCUUCAAGUUGUUCAGUGCAUACAGUAUUACUUCACAGAUAUGCUGCAUGUAUUUUUAAACUUGGUGCCAAGUUGUUUGGUUUGAAACUGAGCCAUAGGAUUUGUACUUGCCAAUUCUAAAUUUAAACGUAAUUUAUCAUGUGUGUCAUGCCAAGGAGAGCAAACCUGCAGGCAUCUGCUCAUUCAAUGCACCUGGGAGAUUUGCUGCUGAGUAAGCUGUACAUGUGUGUGUAUUUUUUGGCACUGGAAAAAGGAAUAAAUGGA